AUGCAUUCCACCCGAAUUCAUACAGUGAUCGAUCGAACUAUUUCUUUCUUUCGUCGUAUUGGCAUUUGGCAUGGAGAGGUCAGGCCUACAAUGAAUCAACUUAGACUGAAGUUAUUCUAUAGCAUCUAUCACACGUUUUUUUGCACGUCAUUGUAUGUUGGAGCGAUUACAAAUGAAUCCGCAGAUGAGAGUAUAUUCUUAGCGGAAGCAGCAAUUAUUGUUGCAGUUUUCACAAUUAAAAUUUGGAUGUUGAUUUGGAAGCAAAAGCAAAUUAUGCGUUUGCUUAAUAGAAUUUGUGUCUUUUCAAUUCGAAAUGGCGAAGAAUUCGAGUUUUUCAAUGACAAAGUGGAGAAAUUCAUUAAAUUUGUGAAAUUAUUCGCAUGUGCUACCGUCAUUGCUUCUUUGGGAUGUUCAGUUUUCCCAUUUUUUGUAAAUGAAAAGUUAUUUAUUGUGGACAUUGCGUUUCCGUUGGAUUGGAAAGAUAGCGAAAUUGGGUUUUGGAUGGCGUACAUUUUCUUCGUUUCCGAAAUUGUUCUCACUCUUUUGGCGCUGACGUUUUCCGUUAUAAUUUGGUAUUUACUGCUGCAUUGUUCUUUGAGAUAUAAAAUUCUAGGAAUGGAAAUCAGAAACAUGGGACGAACCACAGAUCCCAGUAAAGAAGAAAUAUCUGCUAAAGAACAACAAGCCAUUUUUUAUCAGGACUUGGUGGCGUUGAUCGAAGCUCAUCUUCAUUUAAGGGGAUUAAUCGACGAACUCGAAGCAUUUUUAUCAAAAUUGUUUCUGCUAGAAUUUGCUACCAGUGGCCUCUGCAUUUGCGGCUCGAUUUAUUGCUUGGCAUUUGAUAUUAGCGACAAUUUUGUGGAACGUAUAGUUCACGUCUACACGUUUUUCUACCACACUGCUGAAUUGUUUAUGAUAACGUACUUCGGGAAUGAAAUUUUGGUGAAAAGUAGUCGUCUCAGCUACAGUUUGUUUGAAGUUGAUUGGGUCGACCAACCACGUUCGACCACGAAAUGCAUAAUCAUUUUUGGUGAAUAUUUGAGGCAAUCGCAUCAGUUGUUAAUCGGUAGAUUGUAUCCGUUAACUUUGGAAACAUUUACUAGGAUUUUGAAAUCGUCUUACAGCUUGUUCAACAUUCUAAAAAAUACUAAACAGUAA